AUGCUAUCACGACGACUGAAUCUACGAAGCCUUUAUCUGGGUCCUCUUCUGAGGGUACUUCGCGAGGAAAGCACGGAGUUGGAAACGCUACAAUUUGGGGAAAACUGGGAGGAAGACAACUUCCUAGGUGCAUUUGCCAAUAAUCCCACACAGACCCUGGUGUUGCUGAUCCAUUUUGACGUGGACCCGGAACGCAUCUGGUCUCUACUUGUUCACCAACUUCAAUCCCUUCGAGAGGACGGAUUCUUGACUUAUUUCAACGGAUCAUCUAUCGUGCAAGGGCCGAUUACAAUCGUCGCUACCGGCAACGCGCCAUUCCAUCGGAUAUUGGAGAGUGGUACCUUUAGAGACAUUUUUUACGAUGCACCUCUCUCCGAGCUUUCGCUUUUGCAUUCGGGAUCUCACUUUCAGAACCACAACUAUACUGCUGAGAACAGCUACUAUACCUCUGCUGAUUUCACCACGGCAGUCGGGGUAGUGGGCUUCAACGGAUUCACAGAGCAUCAGCUCUCAAUUGUGCGGAACCAGGUACACAUGGCCCAUGAGCACGGCCUCAAACUCCGAUACUGGAACACACCCACCUGGUCGCGCAAACUACAGAACUACGUUUUGCGCAUUCUUCUUCGAGAAGGCGUAGAUAGCGUCACAGCCGAUGGAUUCAAAGAAAGAUUUUGA